ACAAAUUGUGCCAAGAUGAACUUUGCACUCGCGUGUUAUCUAUCAAUCCGCGGCGCAUGCGCAAGAAUAUUUGGCCAAGAAGAGUCCACAACAACAGAGUCAAUAACCUCCCCAACUGACGGUCUGACGGAACAGCCAACACUCACUCGUCCGUGCUUCAGAUCUUGUCUUUCUUUACAGUUUCAUACAAUUCCAGUGAACAUGAAGAUCGCUGUACUCUUGGCGGUCGUGGCCAUGGUCACCUUGUGCAACGCCGUCGGUGUUCCUAAUGCGUUCAACCCCUCUACCGGCGAGAUGAUAUCCCGCCAAAACUCGCAAGAGGGCGCUCUUGAACAGUCACCGGAAGACAACAGCACCGAAGACAUGGACGAAGACUCCGAGGAACGCGCUUUCUUGGAGGAAGUUCGGGAGGAAUUCAUAGAAGAGAUGGAAAGCAUGGUGAGGGUGUGUACGUGUGUUGAGGAAUCCAUCGACACGGAAAUCUCCGAAGUUGAGACUAGCCAGGACACGAGCGCCCCCAGGCCUCCUCUGAAGCGCGUGCGGACCCAGAAGACGAAGUGCAGCCUGGAGGGAGCGUGGCGCAAUGAUCACGGCUCGGAGAUGGUGCUGAACAUGACCGGGGAGGGACACAUCACUGGGGAGUACAGGACUGCCGUGGAGAGCAAGCUUGGCGCUGCCGGUACUGGUCCCAGUCUGAUCCGCGGGGCGGGUUCCCGGUCCGGAGCGUCCACCUUCGGCUUCUCCGUGGUGUGGCGGGGCGGAGCUUCCACCACAACCUGGGCGGGACAGUGUCUCAUCUGUGACGGGCAGGAGAUCCUGGAGACCACCUGGCUCCUGGUGGGCGAGGUGGCCGGCUGCGAGGACAGCUGGAUGUCCACCAGGGUUGGGAAGGACACGUUCUACCGCAUCCCCAAGCAGGAGGUCCGCAAGUACAAGGGACAUCUCGUUCCCAGGGACUAGUGGCCUCGCUCCCAUGGUCUAGUGUCCUCAACAAAGACCACGAAGGAUUCAAAGAUUAAUAAACAUGGAGGAAAAUGAA